AUGGCUCGCACACACGUGCUCAUUUUCCUUGCAAGCCUCCUCUGCUCCCUGGCCCUUGCCCAGGAUGACUGCUACGAGGUCGACGGCAACAAUGUUGGCGAGGAGUACAAGCUCGCGUUGGACGUCUGUGCCAUCAAGGAUGCCCUGGACAGCCCCGACUUCGAUGCAGCUCGGGAGAUUUAUGAGAUGGGGAAGAACUCCCAGUCGUUGACUCUGAUGGAGGUGGCAACUGCUGAGUACCCCACAGACAUGUACCAGAAGUAUGCAGUGUUCUUUGGUGACCAGGUUUGGAUGCACACAAAGAUCGACCAGGCGCUGAGCGGAGAAGGAGACUUCGAUACAGAUGUCAAGCGGGUUCAGGUUGUCAAUAAGCUCCUGCAGGCGUCGGUACUUGUCCAACAGUUCUUCUUCCAUAUCGACUCAGCUCUGGCAAAGAUCACAGCAAACAAUGCGGAGGGUGCUCUCAACAGUUUGGACAAGGCCUUGGCUGUGUACUAUGGAGGAGACAUCCAAUGCAGUCCCUUCGGGAAUGGUCAGGCCAGGGGUAUUGAGUUUGGCACUGUUGCCGACGGGGUCAGCACCACAAAUACAAAAGUCCAUACUGCAAUCAAAGAAGCUGGGGAGGCCCUGUCUGCAGAGGACACGUCAGGUGCAUUCGAGAUUGUCCAGGACACCCGGACUGAAGUCGUGAAGCAGGUCACAAUCAUCUACAUUCAGUCCAGUUUCAAAUACGCGACUCUGGUGGUUGAUGGCUUGGAGGCUGAGGCAGACGUGGAGAAGUCACUGGCGGAGGGAUAUGCCUAUUAUCAGGCUAUAUAUCCCAUCAUCGCUGAUGUCGACCCAGAGGGUGCAGCAGCGAUUGCUGCAGCCUUCAGCCUCAGCGAGGUGGCAGAUGAGGAGAGCGCUGAGGAGGUGAUUCCAAUCUUCAGGGAGAACUUUGACAAGCUGUCUAUUGUUGAGGGCGACGUUAUGGAAUUUGACAAGGAUGCCGCAGCCAACUACGAGGAGCCGGAAGAGACGUCCUGCGUGUUGGAGAACCCCUUCAGCUCGGACGAUUUUGGCAAACCCAAAGUGGAUCGUUAG